CUACACGUAAUGGAAGAGCUUAACAUUUAAAAGAAUCAGCACUGUCUUGUUUCCACAAUGAACAUUACAACAUCCGAAGUGACAACCAAGACUUUGAUCAGUAUGACGUCACCAUUCACCGCGAACACAUCACCUGGGAAAUUCGGUACUGAUGACAUGCGGCGUUCAGGUCCGGAUAGCGAAAGACACACCAUCAGGAUAACAGUUUGCACAGCCGUAGCUGUUUUGUUUGUCAUCUUUUGUCUUCUUGGCUACUAUACACUGAGACGAAUGAGUAAAAAUCGAAAUUCGAGUGAGACAUCUAGCUUCAUAAACGCCAUCGAUGAAGUGAACAUUGAGAACCCAUAUUUUUCAGACAAUCGCUCAAGUACUCAGCUGUCAAAUGCUCAUCACGUGAUCUUCUCUAGCGGAGAAGAACAUGGACGACCGGAAUUCGUAGAAUUAAAUACAUUAACUCAAGAAUUAGAUACUGAGGAACUGAUACACUAUUUCGAAAAAUACCUGAUUGAUGUUACCAGCUUUCCUGCUUAUACAUACAGUCGAACUUCAAUUCAGGAUAUUGAACGGAGAUGCAGAAAACAACUUACAAAAACAAGAUUCAGUGAGCGCGACACAAAAAUAUUCAUGUCUAAAGACGCACAUCUGUUUACAACCGUGAGCCAAUACACCACUUUCAAGCUUGCCACUUCAAUGGAUUGUCGCAUUGACACGAAAGAUAUUGAGAACACAAUAAGGUGUACAUAUGCGCCGUGCGUUUUUGUUAUUGAAUAUAAGCAACUCCAUGCCAUUGCUAAUAUUUUCGAAGAACUUCAGAGGAAGGGUCUGGAAUUUUGCGUCUUAAUAAUUGGUGAUAAAUCUUGUAUUAAUGAUAUGCAGACAUUACCCGCGCGGCUGAUCGCAUUCGCUUCUAAAAGUGAUAUGCAAGACGCUGUAGAUGAUCUUCUUGAAAGGUUUUCAUUUUCGAUAUUAAGAAAAUUGAUGGAGCAAAUUGAGACAGAUGCUAACAUUGGUCCGGAAGAAUUCAAGCCAGGUGAUUGUUAUGAGACGUUGCAAGAAAUCUAUCAACAAAUACGGGCGGCGUACAAGAACAGUGGGGUACCUGAAGAUGAGCGACCAUUGAUUCCAAACAACGAGUUCAAUUACCCCUCAAACGUAAAUGAAAUCAGCGCUAGAGUUCUUCAAAUACAAGGUGUUUUGCCUGUUUUAAAAACAACGGGCGACUGAAGAUAUAUAUUGAUAACACAGCUGUAAAAUCUGAAAGUGAGUGUACAAAUGAGGUUAUACAUAUUCUUGCUGUUUGUGGAUUCGAAAAAUACUCGCUCUUUGUCGGUAGUUUGGAGUGUUAUUGGCAAGCCGGUGAUGCCAUUUCGAAUCCUCAGAUUGAGGCUACGUGAGGAGGAUUUGCUAAUAAAUGCAACGGUUUAUCAUCACCUAUUAACCUCUAUCAACAAGAAAGUCAGGUCCAUGCAGUAGAGCCCAUACUAGUAGCUCUAAUAUCUCGCCAUGUAGCUACACAUUUACAGUCUGGUGAUCUCAAAGUGUCCGACAAGAUCCUGGGACAUAUUGAAUAUAUACAUGAUUUGGAAUGGCUCGAUAUCGUUCCAGUUGAUGUCGCUAAGGAAUUGCAAAACGAAUGCGAAACACGGUUUCGAACGGAAGAUGGUAUUUUGAAACAUGCAGAACUAAGCGGGUUUACAUUAGAACAUCGAUCGCCAGUUCACAUUUGGGGAGCAAAAUCGGCACCUGGUUUGGGAUUUCUAUUAGAAUGUGACCCAAGUGAAUCAAAUAAUUACAUGUUUUUUGCUAGUCGAUCUGAUGAAUAUGUUUUCUGCGUCCCCGGCGACAGUGGUUCUAUUGUUUGUAGCAGGGACAGAAAAGGCCGAUUGUUUGCAUUAGCAAUCCUUAUUGGUAAAUUUAACCCAUGGAAAAUAAUAAAGCAAUCGCAACAAAAUGAAAACUAUGCCAACAAAUACGACGACAUAUCAGCAGAUGAGCAAAAACAAGAGUCCAACGAGCAUGCGAAAAACAAAUAUGAGGAAACUACUUGCAUGGGUGACGACAAAGCACACGGAACAGACAAUCGCACGUUAAUAACCGAAACAUUGAUAGAUAGCAGAGAAGAUCUACAACUAGAACCAACAUUUGUAGCGCUUAAUCUCUUAAACGCAUUUAAAGGUUUGUCUGAGAAAUACAAGUGUGAAUUCAGACUCUGUAGAGAAAAGAAUGAAGUGAAAGUUUAAACAUAUUUAACUUAUUACGUCUAACCCGACGCACAAAUCAUACCAAUAUGUUCAAUUUUCGGGGAAAUGUGACCAAACAUCUUCAAUAAGACCUACAUACACUUGAAGACUUUUCUUCCGCAACACUUUUCAAACUUGAAUAUCUGAAUAAUAAGUUAAGAUUAUGAUUUAAAAAAAUAUGUGAUCAUUUGACUAAAUUCUUAGCAAGCUGACGAUUAAAUCAUCCAUCCGUUAACCCACCUAGAUUGAUGAAAUUGAAAUAUAUUUGGAAUAAUAUCGCGAGUCACCAUUUCCACUUGCAAGAAGAUGAAACUAUACUUACCCCUAGUGCUAAAGCGUCCGAUCGUUACGGAUGAAAGAUUGUAUCUUGAGGUUGCUCAAAUGUGGUCAACUGAUCACACGUAAAAAAUUUAUUAAAAAACUUUACUCAUUUCUGAGAUAUUCAAUAUCGAAAAGUGUUGCGUUAAAAAAGUCUCCAAGUGUUUUGAAAAUGCUUAUAUAAAAAUAGUAUUUACGAUCUUAUUAUGUUUUGUUAAAAACAGAAGGUGCGAUGAUAAAUACAAAAGCUACAGCUAAAAUUCCAAAGAAUUUGUUUCAGAAAAUAUAAGGUAUUGGAAAGAACAUUGCAAAGAGGUUUCUGCUGUACAGCAGAAAACUCCUGCAUGUACACUAGACAGUUGCAAGGUUGGAUACACCGUGAGUCUGUUUAGAUUCAUUCAUUCGACGUUUACACAAUUUUAAAUCUCCAAAAACAAAUGAACAGUAAGUUUUGGCAUAAAAAUAUGUUGGAUGUUGCGCCGUUUUCAACAGUGUUUUCUUUUGUGUUGAUUUAAUAAGCGGUAUCAGUUUAAUGAUCACGAGUGCUUGUGUUAGCAAAUUUUAUUUCUAUUGUUAUAGUUAAUAUGUGUCAUGUGUAAUAGCCAAUUGUUUUUUAGUGUUAAAUGUACCAUUUUAUAUGUUAUCAACCUUGUACUGUAAACGAUAGAAAUAAUUGCUCGUGGCAAAAGAUGUAAAAACGGCCUUUUAGAGUGAAAGAAAAUUUAAGUGAGUUUGGUCUGCAGUCAUAUGUAUAAUUGCCUUUUAAUUGUAAAUAUUUAUUAUCUGAUGUAAGAACUGUACUUUUGAACAGACUUGUUGAUCAAUGCCAUAAUGAUCUUCAGAGAGUUAAUGGUGUAAAUGGAAAUGGACGUAAUAAAUUACGAACAUACAAGCUCUUUAAAGAUCAUUAUCACGUUGAAAAUUAUUGUAGACUUACUCUUCCAUUUCCGCAUAGAUAGGCUUAACCAAGUUUUUUUUCCUCACUUUUUUAUUAUUUCUUUUUACUUCUUCAUUACUAUGGAAUACUCAUAUUUUUGUAUUCCUCCUUUUUGUUUUCUAUUUUUGUUUGUAUAUAUGACUAUAUUUUUUUUUAUAAUAGAAAGCAACUGGACAUGUUUUAAAUUAGAAACUAACUGGACAAUUACACACAAACUAUCAUUUACAUCACCCUCCACCUCUUUAAAUGAUUAAAUUAUGCACUUUGAAUGUAAAGGGCUAAACAAUAAAGACAAACGUAUAAACAUCUUCAAAUGGUUAGAUGAAAAACAAAUAGCAUAUGCCUAUUACAUGAAAGUCACUUGAAAUAUGUAGAUCAAAUGAUGAAUGGGACGAAGACUUUUUAUAUCAGUGGACAAAAUACUAAUAAACAAGGCAUUGCCUUUCUGAUUAAAAACAAUAUAGGGAUCACAGUCGAUAACUUUAACGAAAUAAUAAUUGACAGACUAGCAAGUAUAGAUAUCAAAAUACAUGAAACACAAUUAACAUUAAUCAACGUCUACGGUCCUAACAUAGAUGAACCCACAUUUUACGAAACCUUACAAUCCUUUAUAAUUAAUAACCAAGAUAAAAAUAUUAUAAUCGGUGGUGAUUUCAAUACUGCCCUGAACCUGUUAUUAGAUAAAAAGAAGGGAAACCUUUAUACUCAUCCUAAAAAUAGAAACAUUUUGAAUAACAUAAUUGAAAACUACAAUAUGAUAGACAUCUGGCGUACAGUAAAUCCACAUGAUAGCAAAUUCACCUGGCACUCAAACACAAAAACAACACUAUUUUGUAGAUUAGACUAUUCUCUAAUAUCUGAGUCACUUUGCAACAUUAUUGACACAUGUAGCAUUAAACAAGGAUUUAUGACUGACCACUAUCUAGUUGAACUUAAACUUCACAAAAUACAACCUGAAAGAGGCCCAGGAUACUUUUAAAAUAAUAACAGCAUCUUAUUAGAUACAGACUAUCAAACACAAAUAAAACAGGAAAUAUUAAACACAGUUCAAAAUAAUAAAGAUGCAAGCCCAAACACCCUAUGGGAAGUAAUUAAAGGAAAUAUACGCAACACAACAAUUAGAUACACAUCAUUUAAACAAAAGGAAACACACACACUUGAAACUGAAACCAUCAAAACCAUUAAAAUACGUGAAAAACAAGUGCAUGAAACAAACACAAAUGAUACCACCGCCAUUGAAAAUGAAAUAACAUCAAACAAACAAGUAUAAGAAGGAAUCUAUCAUACACAACUCAAUGGAAUAAUACUACGAGCGCGCGCAAAGCAUGUUGAACACAACGAACAAAAAUACAAAAUACUUCGCAAACAUUGAAAAACGUAGCAGUGAACAAAAAACUGUACACAAAUUAGUAGUUAAUGGCGAAACGAUAACAAACAGGACUAAAAUACUAGAAGAACAACGUUUAUUUUUCGAAAUUCUCUAUAAACGAAAACAUGUUGAAAAUUCACCCUUUUUAAAAACACACAUCAUCUUUAAAAUCAAGACGAAAAAUUAUUGUGUGACGGAUUACGUAAUGAAUAUGAAUAUGUAAUAGCACUUAAAGAAAUGCAAACUAACAAAAGUCCCGGAUCUGAGGGCAUCACAAUCGAAUUUUAUAAAAUAUUCUGGAAUGAUAUUAAAACACAUUUAAUCAAUUCACUUAACUACCCAUUUAACAACGAAAACUUAACUACGCUACAAAAACAAGGUAUAAUAUCACUCAUUCCAAAACCUGGAAAAAACUUAGAAUCCUUAUCAAACUGGCGCCCGUGUAGUUUACUGAACAACGAUUAUAAAAUUGCAACUUAAAGUAUAUCAAACAUAAUUACAACAAAUAUUACCAUCAAUCAUUUCAAUGUCUCAAUCUGGCUUCAUUAAAGGACGUAACAUUGGUGAAAAUGAACGUCUGAUACAAGAA